AAAAGAGGGGAACACUUCUUUUGACUCUCACUUGAGCCGUGGUUAGUGUUGCACGUGGACGCGUUUGGAAAGAUUUUGUGGAAUUCGGGAGAUUAACAUUUAAACGGCAACCAAACCCCCUGGCAAACAAACGGAGAGUGUGUGUUUGUGUAUUUUUGGGAAAAUCGGGCGUAUGUAAAUCUUAUUUCUUAACACGCGAUCGUCAUCUGGUCCGAAUAUCAUCAAAAAUGAGAGGUAAUUUGGCAAAUUCGAUAAGAAGGAUAUCUUCCACUUCUCUGGCUCAGCAGACCUUUGGAGCGACAUCAUCGAGAAAUACAGCAACAAUCUCUAGGCAGUCGAGAAUACGGCAUUUGUCUAGUUCAAGCGCUGCUCUAAUUUCAAGACCAACUCUACCACGCUUUCAAUCUGAUCAGUAUAAUAGGAUAGAAUCGAAUUCAAAUGCCUCAUCUAGUAAGGAUUCUUUCCCGCCAUCUCUCAUAAAAUCCACUGCUAGGCGGAGAAAUAAUAAAUCAACAAAUGGAAACUCGCAAGUGCAAUCACAGGGGAAGGAGGCAGCCGACAAAUACUCUGCCGCAACACAGACAAAUGGGCCUCCUAUCGAGCAGGGAGUCGCCAGUACGACUGAAGAGUCUUCUACGUCCAAUUCUGUCAAGGCAAACGCUCAAUCUACUCAGUCAACCGCUGCAGAUUCUACCGCAAAACCCUCAAAGACUAUAUCAGAGCGGAUAAAAGGUCUUUGGGAGAAUAUCAAGUAUCUUUUCCGAUUCUACUAUAAUGGAGUAAAACAAAUCUGGAAAGAUCGUGCAUUGGUUCAAGCAAAAAAGAAAGAGAUCGCAGACAGGGUCACAGCCGGAAAAGGAGGUGCACUAUGGUCAGAAAAGGCAAUGAUCGAACUUCAUCAAGCAGAUGUACGCAAAUUACCUUUAUUCUUGGCCAUCUUGAUCAUUUUGGAAGAAGUGCUACCCCUUGUGGUAAUCUACGCACCUUCCCUAUUACCUUCGACAUGUAUCCUGCCUUCUCAAUCACUAAAGAUGCGCGCAGAAGAAGAGCGCAGACGUGGAUUGGCUAUCCAACGCAUGGCAAAAGAGGAGCAAGUGCGCAACUUUGUUGAUCGUUUGGCCAGCACAUCUUGUGAAGAAGGACAAGCAAGUGUCGUUGAGGCAGAAUCUUCUGUGGUUUCAAGCUUGCACAGUCUGGAGAAGGACGUGGUGCGAGAUAUUGCAAACGUUUUCGGUCUUCGAUCUUGGGGACCUUCAUCAUUGGUGAUCUCGAGAAUAGAAAAGCAUUUACGUUUCUUGCAGGAAGAUGAUGAGCUGCUGCAAAAGGCAUACGCUGCAAAAGAUGAAAAGCUGGCAGAUGAGACGCAGAAGAGUGAAUGGACUUCAAUCACCAACUCACCCUGGUUAUGGAGAGCUUGUGGACGUAGAGGAAUCCGUUCAUCACAAGCGGAUGAAUCGACAAUGCAACGUAAUCUAGAAGCUUACUUGCAUUUGAUUUCGAGUAUCAAGAAGGACAUCGCCUCCAGCUCUACAUCGCAACCAUCUCUAAUGCUCGAAUAUGCAUUGGUGCCCUUGGCCUUAUAUGACGGCACGCCACGUUCUUUACGUCGCUUGCAAGGUGUGGCAACAGUAGAGCAAAGCAAAGGCCUAAGAAAGCGUACACAAGAAGUAGUUGAUAGUGUUGUACAGGAAGAGAAGAGGAAGGAAGGCGUUGAGUAAAAGCUGGGUAGACAAGCGCUUCUUUUAGACAUCAUCAUUUUUCACACACAUAGAUAGACACAGAUAAUACUGGAUGUAAAGUAUGCAAUUGCAAUUUCAA